CUUUUACCACUGCCACUUGUUCCUGUAUCUUUCCCUCAAUAUCCUUUAUCUAUUCACUUUGGAUCUUUAAACCAUAAAAAAGCUCAUCCUUUUAUACCUUUGUCGCUCUUUUUUUUCUUUUUCAUUUCUUUUCAUCACCACUAUUUUUCCUUUUUUCUUUCUCUUUCGCUUAGAUAUUGACCAUGGGGCUGAAGUCCUUCUUCAAACUGGUUGCGGAUCGCGGGGUUUUACCUUCGGAAACUGACGUGGGCACUUUCUUGGCGGCAAAUCCUGACCAUUCUGUUCAUGUAGAUCUCCUCGGUACUUUCUAUUACGACAUCCUCCGCAGAGUCGUCCAUGCAAAGAUGAAAAACGAAUCCAUCAUUGAUGUAGGAAGGCCCCUGGCUCUCGUGAUAAAGGAUCUUUUCAUAACGGACAAUUUGACUAUACAUAUUGAUAGGAAACCUUGUACUGAGAAAGAAAAAGCAAGGACAGAACGGCAAGGCAUAAGAGAAAAAAAUAUGGAUGCUUUGGAGAACGAUAUGAGCACCUUCGAGAGAAAUUCUCGGAGUGGGGUAUGGACUCGUCCUCAAGUCAUGAGGCGCAUCCAGAAGGGUCUUCGAGAAGUCCACACCCUCAGCGUCCAGGACAAGGAUCAGCUGGCAACAGGCCUUAGCUCUGUCUUCGAUGUCUGUCUGUGUGCAUAUGAAGCGGACCCAUGCAUAGGGUGCCAUAAUGAGGAGAAUGAUAGGAUCGUGAUAUCCCAAGACUCUGAUUUUUUUGCGUACGAACGAGUCUGCAUCCUAGUGCGACCCCUUCUGCACCGCAGACGGAAGUUUGGGGUUUACGAUGUAGACAACGUUAUCCAAGCACUAAGACUGCCAUCACACGCGCAUCUGGUGUUAUUCUGUGCCAUCGCAGGCAAUGACUACUCAAGGAACCUCGAGACCUUAGGCCCGGUUAAUAAUCUUCGAUUAAUUCGAAAGGUUGCGUGGAACGAGAACUACAAUAAAAUGCUUCGGGGCUACCUAAGGGAAGCUAGUAAGGUGUUGGGAAGGAACGCAGCCUCUGAAGAAGGCCGUUUCAGAGUAGCUCUCCGCAUUUUUACUUCCGGCCAUCAAACGUCGGCCCAAGCGUUACCAUUGAACAAUGAGUUCGAUAGCUUCAAGCAGCGUCUACUCAAUGGAAAGGAUCUUCGCCAUAGAAUGGCUCAGCAAAGGCGAGCGCAGCGCCGCAGAACAGGCGCACCAUCAUUCUAUAUAGCGGAAGGGUCACAUAGGAACCAGUUUCGGCCCGUCUUUUCUGACAAGGCGAGCAUAUUGAAUGGGCGCACAGUUGAUAUCAGUAACUGCCGUCAGCACGAUAGGCCGGGCCUUAAGCAUCCACCACGUCGGAAAAAGGCAAAAAGAGGCAACAGAAAAAACAAAAGCGGAAGCACAAAGGCAAGAAGCGCCACAGGGCUAAAAAAGAAGGUGCACCAAUUAGGAACUUGAAGAAUGCUACGAAGGUUGAUCACAGCUACAGCAGUAAGCACCCUAUCAAGGCCUUAACAAUUGGGUCCCUUAAGGCCUCCAUGGUAA